UUGUAUACUUGCUUUGUUAAGGGUAAAAUCGUGGUUGCCCACAAGCACGAAUCGAAACUUCCGAUUGGACCAGAAGACAGUCUGCACUGGCGCACGCUUCGGCAUCUGGAUCACGAGAAUCUGAAUCGAUUCAUAGGGGUGUGUCGAGAUGGACCCCAGAUGCUUUCUAUAUGGAAAUACUGGUCACGUGGAAGUAUUGAUGACGUGAUCGUGAAGUAUUCAUCAAGAAUCGAUGGAUUUUUUGUGUUUGCAUUCAUCGAAGACAUGUCACAU